AAUGUGUAGUACAUGCAAUUGCAAGAUAUCAUAUUCGUGGAUACUUCUGCAAUACCACGGGAUACUUCUUAGAUAUAGAAGAGACGAAAGCAACAACAUCGCUAUCAUGGCCCUCGAUAUCAUCCUAACAAUUGUCUUCGGCGUCGUUGCAACCGCUAUUGGGCUCAUCACCGUCUGGCAGAAUUCCAGAAUUGUGCAAAUCAAGGUCGAAAUCCUUCAGAGGGCUCAGUAUCGCCCUUGGUACGCAUAACUAGGUAUCGAACAUACUCGCCGCUACCCAUUUCAGCCUUGUGGGCCUCUGCAUGCCGGCCUGGCCCUUAGCUCCCGUAGCUCGGCAUGACACCUUUGGGGUGGACUUGGAGAACGAAAAUCGGACCAAUCACGAACAUAGGACUGUCCCCUCUCGUCGAGAAAUGUUGUACCGAAUACAAAGCACACUCGCUAGGACGGCCGAAGAGAACCGAGCAAAUAAGGGGGCGUUUCUGGAGAGGGGAAUACUGUGCAAGGUUUCUGCCCAUCACAAAGAUGAUCAUAUCAUACUAUAAGAUUACAUCCAUCACGGCCUACC